CUGCUUUGCCAUCUGUGCUGGUGCGGGCUCUGCUCCGGUUAACCCUGAGAGGCCAGGGUGGUUGUGGGAGGGCCAAAAGGUUGUUCUAGUAGGUAGCAACGGUGACUGAUCUUAUGGCGGCGCUCAGCCGACGCCAGCUGCUCGGCCUCGAUGGAUUCCUGGCGUCGCGCGCCUACCUGUCGGGCGCCGCACCCGGCCGACUCGACGCCGAGGCCCGCGCGCGCGUACCCGAGCGUGAGCUAGGCGACGAGACGCCCCACGUGCGCCGCUGGCACCGCCAUCUGGCCAGCUUCGCCGCCGGCGAGCUGGCGGCGCCGCCGCCGGCCGGCCUCAGCCUGGAGCGCGUGCUGCAAACGGGUGCCGAGGAGGCGCGACAACAGCUUGACGCCGAGGUGGCGCGGCUGGCGGCGCUGCGAGCCAGUCUCUGUUCGGACACCGCCGAUGGGGGUGACAAGCAGCGCCACCAGAGCGCCCGCUCGGGCGGCGGCGGCGGCGGCAAGCUCAUCCUGAAGACGGCCAAGGGCACGCGCGACUUCCAGCCGGCGCAGAUGGCCAUCCGGGAGCGGGUGUUCAACACCAUCGUGCAGACGUUUAAGCGGCACGGCGCCGAGACUAUCGACACGCCCGUCUUCGAGCUGAAGGACGUGCUGACCGGCAAGUACGGCGAGGACAGCAAGCUCAUCUACGACCUGAAGGAUCAGGGCGGCGAGAUCCUGUCGUUGCGGUACGAUCUGACCGUGCCGUUCGCCCGGUACGUGGCCAUGAACAAGAUCAGCAACAUCAAGCGCUACCAGAUCGCCAAGGUGUACCGGCGCGACCAGCCGUCGCAGGCGCGCGGUCGCUUCCGCGAGUUCUACCAGUGUGACUUUGAUAUCGCGGGCGCCUACGACCCGAUGGUGCCGGACGCCGAGUGCGUGCGGAUCGUGGCCGAGAUCCUGCAGUCGCUGCAGCUCGGCGGCUUCGUGGUCAAGGUCAACCACCGGCAGAUCUUGGACGGCCUGUUCGAGGUCUGCGGCGUGCCGGCCGACCAGUUCCGUACCAUCUGCUCCUCCGUCGACAAGCUGGACAAGAGUCCCUGGGAGGAGGUGAAGCGAGAGAUGGUGGACGAGAAGCAGCUGGCGCCGGCUGUGGCCGACAGGAUCGGCCACUACGUCCAGUACCACGGCGGCGUCGAGCUGGUGGACACGCUGCAGGCCGACACGGCGCUCUCCGCCUGCAAGAACGUGCGCGACGGUCUGGAGGCCAUGCGCGCCUUCCUCGGCUACUGCCAGCUGUACGGCGUGGCCGAGCACGUGCGCUUCGACAUGAGCCUGGCGCGCGGCCUCGACUACUACACGGGCGUCAUCUACGAGGCCGUGCUGGCUGACGGUGACGUGGGGAGCAUUGCCGGCGGCGGCCGCUACGACGGCCUGGUCGGCAUGUUCGACCCCAAGGGCCGCUCGGUGCCCUGCGUGGGCGUCAGCAUCGGCAUCGAGCGCGUAUUCGCGCUGAUGGAGGCGCGCGCCGACGCCGCCGCCGGCCGCACGCGCACCACCGACACCGAGGUGUACGUCUGCUCGGCGCAGAAGGGCCUGCUGGACGAGCGGAUGAAGCUGCUCACGAUGCUGUGGGACGCUGACGUUAAGGCGGAGCAGUCGUACAAGAAGAACCCGAAGCUGCUGCAGCAGCUGCAGUACUGCGAGGAGCACGGCGUGCCGUUCGCCAUCGUCCUGGGCGAGAGCGAGCUGCAGCGGGGUGUGGUCAAGCUGCGGCACGUGGCCACGCGCGAGGAGCAGGAAGUGCAGCGCGACCAGCUGGUGCCGGUCCUCAGAAGCAGGCUCCAGUCGCUAGGAUGACCGACACCGGCGGCGCCCACCGCGCGUGCUAGGACACCAAAGGCCGCGUCGCCGUUGUGAUGGAAGGGAACGCCGCGGCUGCAGCGGGCUGGCGUCCGCGUGAGAGUAAUUUAUUCGGGUGCCUGUCACCGUGCGUGCCGCGGCGUUGGUGCGCUAUGUUUUUAAAUGUCUUCGAGCGCCGGGCGUGUGCGGCCAGAGGUAUUAACGGUGGAGAAAGUCUGCGACGCGCUGUCUCGUGUGCCGGCACGAGGCUGCCGUGAUGGUGGGCCGCCGCCUCUGCUGCUUAUGGGAUCCGUUGGCUCCGGCUGAUCCACCGCCGUUGUUUUCUGGAUCAACGAUAUUGAGUGCCUGGCAUCGGUCGGGACCAAAGCGCGUCUGCUGCGGGCGUCAAACCCCGUCUGCUGCGGGCGUCAGACCCCGUCCGCCGCUGGUGUUUGGCUUGUCUGGUACUGGUGAGGACCGGGGCGGAUGCCGAGCAGUGCUGCUGCUACAGCCGACAGGUGGCAGGCCGGUCGGGAUGCGCCGCCCGCGGGACGCAGUGAUGUCAGACCGAUACUCAAGAUACAACCGGUAGCCCGCCCGUGUCCCGUGGCCAUGGGUUGGCGAAAUACAGCUGGGCCAAGGUUUUCCUCGAA